AGCUUUAGUUAAAGCGUGUUGUAAUGCGGUCGGUACAGUUUCUGUAACACGUUCGCCCGAGAUACACUGAGGACGUUUUCCACGGAGCCGAUAUUCAAUUAGCCUUGAAGAAGCGGCAGGAGUUUUGUGAUUCAAAGUGACACGCCCGUCUGAAAACAUGAAGGCUCGCAUCGAAGAUCGCAUCGUCUACUCACCACACCCAAACAUCGAUAUCCCCUUGUGCUCGUUUUAUGCCCUGGCAAAAGAAAAGCUGCUGAUUAACCCCAACAAGAUGGCGCUGGUAAGCGACCUACUCAGCCUGACACGUGCCGAAGUUCUGGCUGGCAUGCAGCGCUAUGCCAUCGGUUUCCGACAGAAUGGCAUGCUUCCCGGAGACAAUGUCUGCAUUCACCUGAACAACAGCGUGGAAAAUCUGAUAGCCAUUUACGGCUGCAUCCUAGCGGGUGCGACAGUUUUCCUGGCCAGUUCCUUGCUCACCGAAAGAUAA